AUGGUAGAUUUCUUCGUAAAGUUUAAACAAAAAAUAUCCUCACACCCAAUCUUUAAUAUUACUAGUAAAAGGAAGAAGAAAAAGAAUAAAGAAGAAGAAAAUAUUAUUUUUUCAAGUUCAACUUUUCCUAAGAAAACUCCAGUUAUUACCAUUAAAGAUAUCCAAGAAUGUAAUAGAAGACAAUUUGGUUAUUCAACUAAUAAUGGCAUAGUGGAAAUAAUAUCGUAUUCAAACAGAUCACAAGCGGAUUUUUGUAUAAAUAAUAAUAAAAAUAAUCAGGAUUCGAAUAGGUUUUCAUUUCAAACGUCCUCUAUUUAUUUGAAUAAGGAUAAACCACAACAAGAAAAAGAAAAUCUGAUUAAGACAGAACCAAAUAAAUUUUGGCACACUGUUAAUAAUUUAUUGAGAGAAACAGAAAACAUAUAUAAUGAAAUAUGUUUGACUUCAAAAUUGGCAACUGAUCCAUUUGAUAAUUUUUCAAUUCAGUUAGAAAAUACUAUAUGGGAGGACGACAAAACUACUAUUUCUCCAUAUUCUUAUUUUAAUCAUACUAUCUUUCAAGAAACAAAUACCAAAACAAUAGGUGGUAAUAACCAGAGUUAUAACUACGCAUAUGGAUAUUUAAAUGAAAUAUUAGAUUUAUAUAUUCAGGAAGAAGCAGUAGAAAGAAAUAAAAAGUUAUUGAAUGUUGAAUUACCAUCCUGCCAAAUAUCGAGUGGUAGUACACUGGUACUUAACAAAUAA